CAAGUGAAGGCUACACAAAGGAAGAUGUCCUUGAGCUAAUGACCAGGGACGACCUUGCACGACUUCGUCUCAGGGGUGGCUACAACUGUAAGAUAUGGCGUACAAUACUUGAGCAUCGCUACCAGGACAAGUGGCUAGAGAACACCAUGUACCGACCACCGCCACCUGGCGGUGAGAUUAAAGGUGCGCCGGGACACGGUGAACAGCAUCCUGGCAUGAAUCGGCAACGCGCCCAAUCACAGUCAGCCAUCAUGCAUCUUCCUCCGCGAGUUCCUGCUUCAGGAGUGAAGCCAGAGAGUCUAUCAACGAGAAGGAGAAGUCGCGACGACCCGCCACGCAAGAAACCCGCCGAGCCGUAACUGCAGCUUCCGCGAUCAACCCGUCGAGCCGUAACCAAGGCGACUGCGAUCUGCCGAGCCGUAACCAAGGCGACAGCGAGCUGUAACCAAGGCGACAGUGAGCUGUAACCAAGGCGACCGUAACCAAGGCGACAGUGAGCUGUAACCAAGGCGACAGCGAGCUGUAACCACGCUCCCGACCGCAAUCGCGCCGUCGCGCGGUAGCCGCAGCGAUCGACCCGCGGAGUUAUAACUUAUAACUUAGUAACCAUAGUGACAGCGUUCGACGUGCGGAGUCGUAACCAUGGCAACCGCGAUGGACCCGCCGAGCCGUAACCACGGAAACGAGGAUAGACUCGGCGUAGUACCGAGUAACCGUGGCGACCGUCGUUGUAGUGUGGGUGUAAUCCGACUCCAGCUCAGAUUCACGAUUGCUGGUGUCAGCGUGAGGUCCGCAGUCAGCGUAGAAUGCACUGGUGCUUGUCCAGUAGAUCAGGUAUGAAUGAAUACAGUACACCGGUAGAUCAGUUGCUUCUGUGUUAGGCUGCUGUCAUCUGUAACCGCUAUGUUGACUCGUCUAGCUCAACAUGGCGGUGUUGGUCGUUAACUUGACGGUCGUCCGAUCACUAGAUGGCGCUCCGACCACUAGAUGGCGCGCAUUUGUUGUUUGCCGUGCAGAUGCGCUCGUGAGAAUUGCGUGCUAGGUCACCACCCUCGUCAGUGCAC